GCCUAGGAGCUCUGAGGCUGCUGCCCGCUGGGUGGCGCCGGUUUCCCCGGGAGGUCCUCUCUGGGCCCCCGGAGGAGGUAGGGGAGAGGAGCUGAGGCCAGGGAGCCCUCUGCGUCAGCUGCCGCUCUCUGAGCCGCCCCAGUACCAGCCAGGAUUCACCCGCAGCUCCAUGCUUGUGCCCGGUUCGACUCGUCCAUCCUCCGAGAAGCGGAAGACUUACCCAGCUACAAGAGAAGGGGUUGCUGGGACAGAACAGCCCAUGAGGCUCCCAGUCCCCACUGAGUGCUGCCCUGAAGGAUGUCCCAGCUCUCCUCCACCCUGAAGCGCUACACAGAAUCGGCCCGCUACACAGAUCCCCCUUAUGCCAAAUCAGGCUAUGGCACCUACACCCCCUCCUCCUAUGGGGCCAACCUGGCCACCUCCUUUCUUGAGAAGGAGAAGCUCAGUUUCAAGCCAAGCCCCCCAACCAGCUUCCUUCCCCGUCCCAGAACCUAUGGUCCCUCCUCCAUCCUGGACUAUGACCGGGGCCGCCCGCUGCUGAGACCCGACUUCAUCGGGAGUAGUAAGCGGGCAGAGAGCCAGACCCGGGGCACUGAGCGGCCUUCGGGCAGUGGACUCAGUGGGGGCAGUGGAUUUACCUAUGGAGUGACCAGCAACUCCCUCAGCUACCUGCCCAUGGGUGGUCGCGACCAGGGAAUGACCCUGACCCAGAAGAAAUCAAACAGCCAAUCAGACCUGGCCCGGGAUUUCUCCAGCCUCCGGACCUCAGAUAGCUUCUGGACUUCAGAUAGCUACCGGAUAGACUCAGGGAACCUGGGCCGAAGCCCCAUGCUGGCCCGCACACGCAAGGAACUCUGUGCCCUGCAGGGCCUCUACCAGGCAGCCAGUCGCCCUGAGUACCUGGAUGACUACCUGGAGAACUAUGGUCACAAGGGCAGCACACCACAGGUGCUCAUGCAGGCCUCUCCCUCUCGAGUCCCUGAAGUCCUCAGUCCCACCUACCGACCCAGUGGCCGCUACACACUGUGGGAGAAGGGCAAGGGCCAGAUCCCUGGGCCCAGCUGCUCCAGCUCCCCAGGGCGAGACAUUACGAAUUCUAAGAGUGUCCAGGGUCUGGCUGGCCUUCGAAACCUUGGGAAUACGUGCUUCAUGAACUCCAUUCUGCAGUGCCUGAGCAACACCCGGGAGCUGAGGGAUUAUUGUCUGCAGAGGCUCUACAUGCGGGACCUCAGCCAUACCAGCAGCACACACACAGCCCUCAUGGAAGAGUUUGCAAAGCUAAUCCAGACCAUAUGGACUUCAUGCCCCAAUGAUGUGGUGAGCCCGUCCGAGUUCAAGACCCAGAUCCAGAGAUAUGCACCGCGCUUCGUUGGCUAUAAUCAGCAGGAUGCUCAAGAGUUCCUUCGCUUUCUCUUGGAUGGGCUUCACAAUGAGGUGAACCGAGUACUGGUGAAGCCCAAGUCCAACCCUGAGAACCUCGAUCACCUCCCUGAUGAUGAAAAAGGGCGACAGAUGUGGAGGAAAUACCUGGAGAGGGAAGACAGUCGGAUUGGGGAUCUCUUUGUUGGACAACUAAAGAGCUCCCUGACAUGCACCGACUGUGGUUACUGUUCUACAGUUUUCGAUCCUUUCUGGGACCUCUCAUUGCCCAUUGCUAAGCGAGGUUAUCCUGAGGUGACACUAACGGACUGCAUGAGGAUCUUCACCAAAGAGGAUGUACUGGAUGGUGAUGAGAAGCCAACAUGCUGUCGUUGCCGAGCCAGAAAACGAUGUAUAAAGAAGUUCUCCAUCCAGAGGUUCCCAAAGAUCUUGGUGCUCCACCUGAAGCGGUUCUCAGAAUCCAGGAUACGAACCAGCAAGCUCACAACAUUUGUGAAUUUCCCACUAAGAGACCUGGACUUGAGAGAAUUUGCCUCAGAAAACACCAACCAUGCUGUUUACAACCUGUACGCUGUGUCCAAUCACUCCGGAACCACCAUGGGUGGCCACUAUACAGCCUACUGCCGAAGUCCAGUGACUGGCGAAUGGCACACUUUCAAUGACUCCAGUGUCACACCCAUGUCUUCCAGCCAAGUGCGCACCAGUGACGCCUACUUGCUCUUCUACGAAUUGGCCAGUCCACCCUCUCGUAUGUAGCAGUGAGGAGCUACAUUCUUUCCCAUUUCCCUGUGGUGGCCUCACACCCUAAGUUUUUUUAAAUACAAAAAAAAAAAACAACAAAAAACCUGACAAAUAAGAGAAAUAUAAACUAAAAUAAAGCUGCAGAGCAGAAGUUGAUGCAGCCUGGUCAGGGUCUGGAGCAAGGAGCCAGGUGCCCCUGAGCCAUGCCUAACAGGAAAGACCACCUGGACACAGAGACCAGAGACAGCCCAGUGCUCCCUGGCCUCUCUUACUUGCAUUUUUAAGCUUGUGGUUCUCCUGUGUGUAAUAAACAACAGCGGUCUGUGGAGAGAGGAUCCAAGUCCACCUGCUGCUCUCUCCAGCCCCUGCGCCUUCUGGGAAGACAGCGCCCUCUGGAGCCUGCUGGGAGCGUCGCUGCCUGGAUCACGGCCCCGACCCCUGAGGAACGGCCUUGGUCUCCAAUGGACUUGCUCUCUGGGCCAGGGUGGGAAACACCCUUGAACCAAGAGCCCUCUUAACGCUGCUGACAGCAGCAGCAAGGAGGAAGGAACAUCUUUUUUUUUAAGGCUGGUUUGGGUUUUUAAAAGCCGAACAUUUUUUAAAUUACUGUAACAAGUGUUGAGACUGGAGAUGCUCUCCUUCACACCUCUUCACAGCUGGGUCCUUGGGCUGGUGCUUGCUUUUUUUUUUUUUUUUUUAAAUCAAGUACACCCUUUCUAACACUAGCCCCCUGUGGUGCUAGGUGGGUGUCAGCCAAGCCCAAGGGUAGCCACAGUAACCUGGGAUCUAAACAACUCUUUGGGUUUUUUUUGUUUUGUUUUGUUUUGUUUUAAGGUUUGGAUGGAAUCUAGUUGCCUCCAAGAAUUGUGCCUUAUAGUAUUUGGGGACCAAGGGGUAACUGCCCCUCCCUGAAAUAUCCCUCAGCCUCUUCCCUUUUCCCCAGUGCCAUGUCCAAACCCACUGGGGCAUACAGGGCUGCCCUGAGCCCCCAGCAUGUUGCACAUGGCAAUGAGGCAAAGACAGAAGGAGGUGAAGGGAGAUUUCUCACCACAGCGUGUCACAUUCUUCCUGCCCACCACCUCUUAGCCACCCUGUUCUACUCCCCAGCUGUUAAAGGAUAGCACAAGUCCUUGUCCCUAGAGCUUCUCUCACCUUUAAUUUAUUCUGUCCCUAACACCCCUUUCCCCUGCCUUCCUGUCACCUGCCCUUCUCAGAGCUUCCUGGACACAGGCCCCUGGACCGAGUUUCUCAGGGAUGCCCGUGCCACUCUUUGGCUCCUCCACAUUGCUCUUCAGUCCUGCCCUGGGAGCUGGAGCCUGGGUGUCUGGGGACAUCCUGCCUCCAACAUAGGAUUCUUUCCCAUGGUCUUGACUUUGCCCUGCAGAACUCUGCAGUCCCAGAGAGCAGAGCUGUUCGGCACUAAGGCCAGGAGCAUUGUGCACUCUGCACACCUCCACAGCCGGGUCUGGGCUUGUGCCUCUCAAGCAGAACAUCCCAGCAUGCCUGGGGAGGCACUGAGAGAGAGACCCUGAGUUUACCUGGCCUGACAUCUUUCUCUAGGGAAGACCUGUGAACCUGAGCCCAAGGGCUGGUGUACACUUGUUUACCAUGUAAGCAAGAGUAGAAGAAUGUCUAAUGUACAGUGGAACCUUGUACAGAAUAAAUAAUAGCUUUGAGAAA